CCCACCUUGUUAAAACUGUCACACUAUAUCCUCUUCGGUCAGUAAUUUAAUUACACCGCUGUUCAAUUGUAAAGUAAGUUUUUAAGAAAAACAUUUUAAUAAUUGCUUUUAGAACAUUUUUUUGCAUUUUUAUAGAGUGACAAUUUUCAAUAAAUCAUAUUUAUGAGUGGUGUUGUAUGAAAGUGAUACUUUGUCUAGUCAAUUCGCAAUUUAGCACUUUUUUAGAAUAUGUGGACACAAAAUAAUACCUAUACAUUAGAAUAGUCUUAGUAUUAAAAGCUUUUAGGAAAGUCGUAACGUGUCAUCCCUAUACAUCAUGUACAAAAGAAGAAUGCCAAACAGAUAAUUUCAAUAAGUAUAAUGUAUUUUGAUUUAAGACAAUGGGACCUAAGAUACACACGUAUAAGUAUAUAGACACAUUAACAUAAGUAAAAUGCAUUUUCCAACUUGUACUUUGUUAAGCAAUUGUUUAAACAUAGGUGUAUUAAUGUUUUAGCUAAAAUGUAUUUUAAUAACAUAAGUAGUUAGGUACUAAACAUGAAAUUAUUCUAGUCAAGCAAAGAACAUAAUUUAUAAAUUAACGAAUUGGCUCGUAUUAUGGAAAUUAAAAUUAUUUAUUUUCGACAGAGGCCCCAGGUUCCAUUUUUAAAGGUAAAAAGUAAACAGGAUUUAUAAAUAGAGCUGCUGAGCUUUUAGCUACUGUAUAUGUGUGAACAUCAACAUAACGAGUAUGCGCUACGCGGGCAGCCAAUGUCAGUCGCAGCAUUAAAAUAACUACUUUCCUGGCACUGACACCAACCGACUCAUACGACACCUACUACGUAGUAUCUGCGACUACAACUUCAUACAUUUAACACAGCUUAUUUUAAAUGUUCUGCAACAUUUGCUUUAUCUAUAGGCUUUUUUUACAAAAUAACUAAUACUUUCUUUCAUUUAUUUCUUCCUCCCCAACCACUCAUUACCUAAAAUUAAUGAACUAAUAGCUAAAAAUGUGAAAAGCGUAGUUUGGCCUCCGCCAAAUCCACCAGAAGACGAACUCCCAAAAACAAACUUUAAUACAAAAAUAAUAGACACUAAAGUAAAUGUGGCGCCAGCAAUCGUCGCCCCGACAGCAACUGUCGAUAACAAUACAAUGAAAGUGGCGAAUAUACAACAGCAAUCUGUACAACAAACAUUCUCCACGUCACAACAAAUGGCAGAAUUCAGUUCAAACGUUUCUUAUACAUCUGCUACAAUGGCAACUUCUACGGCUACUUCCUCCAAAUCUGAAUCGAUAGUGCGUAGUGAACAGUCAACGUCGGAACAACUAAAGCAAGAAACUAGUAGUUGUACUGUACAGUCUGUUUCUCAACAGUCUUCUUCUCAAAGUCAGAGUAUGGCAGUUUAUGAAACCCAAUCAGUCCCAUUAGAAGAAAAGUCAAACGCGAACGCGGCGGAGAAAACGACAGAAUCUAUUCAAAAGAUAGAAAAUAUCAAAGUACAGGAAGUAAUAGAAUUAAAAUCAAAAGAACAAAUACAAAUGGAACAAAGUGUGGUCGAGGAAACCCAAAUAGAAGAAAAUCCCAAUAUAAAUAAACUUGAGGAUAAAAAGGAAGAAGAACCAGUGACGAAAACAGACACAAUAACAACAAGCAAACACGAUAGCGAGAUCAAACAAGCUAAAUUGACCUCGCAAUCUGAGACAAGAGGCUCUGAAACCAUUCAACAAACGAUCGUUGCAAAACAAGCUGAAAGUGUACAAACAAUAUCUGAGCAAACAAAAGUGACUAAUACAGAAACUAAACCUAUUCAAAGUCCAGAAAAUAUAAACGCUGCAAAAAGUGAUACUUCAUCAGAUCAGCAAAGAAUGGUUACAGAGAAUAUUUCCACUUCAAAACAAUUUACGGAGUCAUCUAAAACAUCUGAAAUCAGCACCAUAAACGUUGAAAUCCCUCCAAUUAAACCAUUACCUCCUACUUCUAUUCCAAAUACUGUACCUCGUGGUUUUGUUAGAUCUAUGGUUGACGCAUUAACAACUGCGCCUGACAGACCCUAUUCUCCUUUACCAGCUCCAACUCAACCAAUAAUUCCCUUUACUCAAACGAAUAUAACGGAGGAAAACCAAAUACCUGCACCUGCAGAAAUACAAAAAGAACUGCCUCCACAAGAAAAAAUGCCUGAACAACCAUCUCCAAUGUUUGCACAACAACCUAAACGUGGAAUAACUCCUAUACCGGCUCUUAAGACAUAUAAUCCACCAGAAAAAAUGGAACCCACAAUACCAAUGCCCCAAGAAACAAAGCCAUAUAUUCCACCUGAUUUUAAAAUAAAUAUAGAACCUAAAAUAUCACGAGAUAAAACUUCUUCACCUAUGGUGGAUGCACUCACAACUGCACCCGAACGACCGUUUACGCCAGUUAGGGCUCAACCUAUAGAAAGAGGAUCUCUAAGAGAUGCCCUUACUAUUGCCCCAGACCGGUCUUACAGUCCACUUCCUCUAAAUAUAACUAAUCAAUCGAGUCAUUAUACUUCGACCUCAACCGUGAAGAUGCAGUCUACUACUUCAGACAUCGUACGUCCAAUAGCAACUCAGACAUUAACACAAGUGACUGAUCAUAUGCAAUCUGAGUUUUCGUCUAUGCAAAAUACUUGUAAAUUACAGUCUUCCUCAGAUAUUUCAGCAUUUAGACCCGUAGCAAAACAAGUGUUUCCACCACCACAGCCGGAAGAAUUUUGUAUGCUAGCUAGUUUCCCUCCUAUAAGUACGGAAUUAAAGACCAGUUUUGAAAAAUCCCGUUCCGAGCAUCAAACAAUGGUUGCGGAAUCAAAAAGUAUGCAGCAAUCGACUAUUACAACUAGCAGCAUGAGUACGCAGGGUUUCUCAUCUGUUAAAACAGCUCAAAGCUUUUUUGAACAAUUAGAUCAAAAGGAAGCUUUAUCGUCAACUUCUGUAAGAUCUAAAUCUGGAUUACAGAAACCUGACAAAAUUCCUUCAUACCAGAAGCAUUUCGACCAACUGCCCUCACAAAGGGGCAUAACUCCAGAAGUUUGUAAUGCACCUGCUGUACUUCAAAGACCCGUUACUCCAACUACAGAUCCUCCAAUAAAACCUCGUGACAAAUCCCAAGAACCAAAGUCAGUGCCAAGUUAUACUAAGGCACAAGACGUAUCUACGUCUAAAAUGCCUCAAAUUAAAACUCCUGUUCCGCAAAUACCUUCACAAUUCCGUAAAGACACACCCAUAUCAAUGACUUUCCAACCCGUGACAGAUGAAAAUAUUAUGAGAGCUUCUCCUGCUCGAAGCCGGCCUACUACGCCCAGUUUAAUUAAUAAACCUGCGCCCAUAAUUCCAUAUUAUCAAAUGAACUUAGUGACUGUUGAACAUUUGGCACCAGAUACUAAUUUGUAUCAACCUUCAAGUCCAGAAGCUAGUCGAUCUCCUACACCGAAACCAAGAUCACGUUCCCCAGCUCAAGGCCCCCCACCAAAUCCUUUGAAAGCUCAAGCUCCGCGAAUCAAAGAAAGUACCCCCCAACGACAAGCUGCUCAUUCACUUUUAUCACAAGCUACUUUAAAUCUUAGAAAAGAACAUGAAAUAGCAAACAAAGGAUUCCAAAGCUCCGUCGAAGUCUUCAACGCAUCAGGCGCUAAAAAUUGGGCUCUAGAUCAACCAUCAGUUAUAAAAGAACAAAGACAAUCGAAUGUUGGAUUUCAGAGUGAAAGUUAUAACAAAGGUGACAUGAAAAUAAAGGAAGACUCAGCAUUCAAUCAGAAUUAUGGACAAAGGCAAAUGCAAUGUCAAAACGUUACUGAAUACGGAAGCACUACGGUACAAACAACUAAAAAAUCUUUUGAAGAAUUUGAAAGAACGCAAUCAGCGAAAGUUAUAGAAAUCCGAACAGGGGGUUCGUCUUCUUCUGGUUCAUAUCAACAAAUUGAAUCUAACGUUCGACCUUCCCAAGUCAGUUCUAAGCAAGUGUUCCCACCUCCCGUUAUGAGUAUGCCAACUCCCCAGAGUUCAUCAUUUAACUUUGCUAAUGAAAACGUUGCCUCCGCUAGUAAAACAAUAGUAAGCCCUUCGACGUCUGGUGCUAACCAAGGCCCAGUGUGUGAUCCUACCCCAUCAACAGGUUCUGGUGUAGGCGCUGCCGGUCGUGGCAAAACUUUUGGGGUCUCAUCGGCCCCGAAACGUGGCAGAGGUGUCUUGAACAAGGCUGCACUGCCCGGCUCUCGAGUCCCUCUUUGUGCUUCCUGCAAUGGAAACAUUAGGGGACCUUUCAUUACUGCAUUGGGUCGUAUCUGGUGUCCUGAUCACUUCAUCUGUACAAACGCGACGUGCAGGCGUCCGCUGCAAGACAUCGGCUUUGUCGAAGAAAAUGGCCAACUGUACUGCGAGUUCUGCUUCGAGCAGUACAUCGCACCGGCUUGCGACAAGUGCCACGCCAAGAUUAAAGGCGAUUGUUUAAACGCUAUUGGCAAGCACUUCCACCCAGAGUGCUUCAAUUGUGUAUAUUGUGGAAAACUUUUCGGUAACAAUCCGUUCUUCUUAGAAGACGGUCUGCCAUACUGUGAAGCAGACUGGAACGAGCUAUUCACAACAAAAUGUUUCGCCUGCGGGUUCCCCGUGGAGGCGGGCGACAGGUGGGUCGAGGCGCUCAACAAUAACUACCACAGUCAGUGCUUCAACUGCACGGUGUGCAAGAAAAACCUCGAAGGACAGAGCUUCUUCGCAAAGGGAGGCCGACCUUUCUGCAAAUCGCACGCCCGCUAAGAGUCCUCAUAUAAUGUACAACUCUGACACUGUUUACUCGACAACUACUUUCCGCCCAGUUUCUCCCUCACCUCUGACACCUCCAGCACAGAACACGCCCUCGCCGCAAAGGACGAGGAAGUUGGAAACGCCCCUCCACUUCGAUGGAGGACUGUUUUCCGACAUACGGAGCACUGAAGGCAAGUUAUUGAGCAAAGUAACAGUAGAUCGCGUUCACAGCUCCACGCGUCAUGACGUAGUAGAUGAACCUAGUGUUUAUGAAAGUACUGGAUUGUACGGAAACAAAGAUUACAUCGAUGAUUUUGUCAAAACAGAAACAAUAACUAAUGAGGACGUCAUCAAAGUCAAGUUCACACCCGUCCCGCCCGAGCUAGAUGCACCACGACUGCUUACGCCAUCAGCUUUCAUGCAUAAGCAAACUACCCCUGUUAGACCUAUAACACCUGUAGAGUACCUGAAAGAUAAUUACGAGGAUUUGCAGAGCUACAAAAUUGUGAAAACUGUUUGCAAAGAAAAAUUUCUUGAACAUAACAAUUUUGACGCUAAAGAUACCCUUAACGUCUUCGAACCUGUUAAAAGAGCACCUAGCCCAUUAGCAAAUUUACUUGUUUCUGAACAAUUGACUAAGAUAGACCACUACUUGCAAGAGAGUCUGGAUGCGUGUUCAGUCAACGAAAACAAGGGGCGCGUCACUCCUAUCCCAACGGUUGUGGAAGGACAUACCACAACAGAAUUGAAAGAAUCCCAGAAGAAAAAGGAUUUCUUCGAAGCAAAAUCCCAUCAUUUCGAAAGUAGUAACAAACAAUCUAACAGUGAUAAUCUUCAAGAAAAUAAACCGAGCGAUCGGAGAGAAACUGCGGCAGUAAGUUGCACAAGCAUAAGAGAUGAUACAAGAAGGAAGUCUAAGUUACACAGUGUCAGUGAAAAACGUCAGGGAGUAUUAAGUACCAUAUAUAACAUGCCAAUACAUUAUCACGCCAUGAUAAUAUGUUUUCUAUUAAUUGUAUAUAACCUUAUUUAUCAAUAUAUUAAACAGAAUUGUCUUGGUAAUAAGAAAUAAAAAUAUACCAUUUAAUCAAAAUUGCGAAUUCCUCUGUAAUAUUAGCAAAUUGUUUGCACAUAAAACUAGUCAUUGAAUUUAUUAUUCAAAGAACUUAUGGAUUUGAAAUGAUGGUUUCUUAUUUUUUUAAUAAUUUUGAUGGUCCUCUCAAACAAGAUGUAAAUAGUUUCAGAUAAUAAAAAUUAAAAUGCAUAAUCAUUAUAUAAUAAUAUAUUAUUAACAAUUUGGUGCUUUACAUGACAAUUUGCUCGCAAUAUUGUGAUAAUUCACAUCUUCCUCUAAUUUAAAUAUAAGGCUUUGUAUACAGCUUCCGGAAUGUUGCCGUAAACAACUACUAACAUUAACAGUAGUUAGUAACAAUUACAUUGCAAUUGAUAGAGGAUGAAUUCAAAUUGUGAAUUUGAGGGUAUUGGUGCACCAACUAUAGUUGUGAGUAUAUUUUUUAUCUGUUUAUGUGUUUUCGUGAAGUAAGGUCCAUCAAAUGCUAUAUGUAAUGUGUUUUAAGAUUUUUGACAAAAUUUGGAUAAAUUAAAAUUUUAUUACUUAUUAGUAUCGAAAUUGUUAAGUUGCAAUGAUUUUUAUUUACUGUUGAUCGUAACCUUACAUUAAGUCCUAUUUAUUUAGAUUUACUGUAUUGCAAUUAGCAUUAUAACGCAUAAGGUGUCACAUGUCAGCUUAAAUAAAGUAUUUUAUUUUAA